AUGGCAUUGGCAAACAAGGGGAAGGCGCCAGCUAAUGGAAAUAACGCAAACGAGCCAUACGAGCUGCCGUGGGUGGAGAAGUAUCGACCCCACAAGCUCGACGAUGUCGUGGGCAACAAGGAUACGAUUGAACGCCUGAAGGUCAUUGCGAAACAGGGAAAUGUGCCACAUCUUGUCAUCUCUGGAAUGCCUGGAAUUGGGAAGACUACGAGUAUACACUGUCUCGCACAUCAACUGCUCGGAGACGCGUAUAAAGAAGGAGUUUUGGAGCUAAACGCGUCAGAUGAGCGCGGUAUUGACGUUGUACGCAACAAAAUCAAGGCCUUCGCGCAGAAGAAAGUCACAUUACCAGCUGGCAGACACAAGAUCGUGAUUCUGGAUGAAGCUGACAGUAUGACAGCCGGCGCCCAACAGGCACUACGACGAACAAUGGAAAUCUACUCGAAUACAACACGUUUCUGUCUGGCUUGCAAUAUGAGCAACAAGAUCAUUGAGCCAAUACAAUCUCGGUGUGCCAUUCUGCGUUAUGCCAAGCUACGCGACGUGGAAGUGCUUCAGCGUUUGCUCGAGAUUUGCGAGGAAGAGAAGGUCGAAUAUAAUGACGACGGCAUAACAGCACUCAUCUUCACGGCUGAAGGUGACAUGCGACAAGCAAUCAACAACCUACAGUCUACACACACUGGCUUUGGGUUCGUGAGCGCGGAGAACGUGUUCAAGAAGGGAGAUAUUGACGGCGCGAUGGAGAAACUUGGGGAGCUGUGGCAUCAGGGGUACUCCGCUGUUGAUAUUGUGGUCACGAUAUUUCGUGUCGUGAAGACGUUCGACGAGUUACCGGAGUACAUGAAACUCGAGUUUAUCAAGGAAAUUGGGUUUACUCAUAUGCGCAUACUGGAGGGUGUGGGCACUUUCCUGCAGUUGAGCGGACUGAUGGCGCGGCUAUGCAAGUUGAACAUGAAGCCGGAGUUGUUCAGACUUCCAUAG